AUGAGUGGAGGAAGAAUAUCAAAGAAACCAACAACUGUUCAAACAGGGGGGAAGUCGUCAGAUAGAAGAUUAGCAGGAAGUAGACAAGCUGCAAGUUAUUUACAUACAUCUAUAAACAAUCCUACCAAUAAUACAACUAAAGUCAUUAGUGCACCAUUACCACCAACCAAUACAUCAACAGGUAAGACUGUUAAACGACAAGUGGGUACUCAGUCAUGGGAAGAUUCAAGCUUAUUAGAUUGGGAUCCUAAACAUUUUCGAUUAUUUGUGGGGAAUUUGGGUCAAGAUGUUACUGAACAAUUAUUACAUGAUACAUUUAAGAAAUAUCCUACCAUGAGUAUGGUUAGAGUUCCUCAAGAUAAGAAAACUGGCAAGAAUAAAGGAUAUGGAUUUGUAGCAUUUAAAGAUUCUAAUGAUUAUUUCCAAGCUUUUAAAGAUAUGAAUGGGAAAUAUAUCGGACAACAUCCUGUUCAAUUGAAACGAGCUGAAACUAAUGUAAAGCAGUCCAAGACAACCGGUAAGCCACACGGUAAGCCCAAGAGAUAUUGA